AUCAAGCAAAGCUGUAUAGUUGGGUAUUUGCAAUUAGACAGCAUAAAUGUACUUAAAGAAAAUCUGAAAAAUUAAGAAAGCCUUUAAGAUUGAAUGCCUAAAGAAAGAAUACAUGCCUUUCUUUGGAAGUCAAUCACCAAUCAACUUGGUAAAAAAACAGCAAGUAAUGUAUAGACUAUCCACAAAGAUCUUUAUAUUGUCUUCUUGAUUGACCUCUGCAGCAAAACUUCAAUGAGUACAUUAGGCUCAACAGAGAUGAAUGAGAACACUGCAAUGUUAGCUGAUGGACAGCAAAAACCGACUGAAGAUGGCAAAAGUAAGACACCAAGACACUCGCGAUGGACUAGGCAAGAGACGCUUGUUCUCAUACAAGGGAAAAAGAUUGCUGAGGAAAGAGCUCAUAGGGGGCGUAAAUCCACUUCUGUUUUUGGAUCAGACAAGCCGGAACCCAAAUGGGACUCGGUCUCUUCUUACUGCAGACAACAUGGAGCAGAUAGAGGACCUGUUCAAUGUAGAAAACGUUGGAGCAACAUGAUCAGUGAUUUCAAGAAAAUUAAAACAUGGGAGACACAGACAAAUGGAAGCAGUGAAUCUUAUUGGAUUAUCAGUAACGAUCUCAGGCGAGAGAAAAGGCUACCAGGUUCUUUUGAUAGAGAAGUCUACAAUGUCUUGGAUGGGAAGGAAUUCACAGCAGAAGCAUACCAACUAGCUCUGGUAACCAUAACCACAGAUGAAAAACUUGACUAUGGUGUAGAAACAGUUGAAGAAGAGGAAGCGGAAGAGGGAGAGGAAGAGAAUGACAAUGUUUCUCAUACUGGGGAAUAUACUAUGGAAGACGAUGUUAUGCCUCCAGCAGCGGAGGAAGUUGGAAGCAGCCCACUGAAGGAACACAUCGUCAUAGACAAAAAAGCUAAGUCCAUUCCCUCUCCAGUGCCUAGAUCAGGUAAACGUCCUUCAAAACUUGCUUUUCUCUCAAACAAAACCUCAACACAGAAGUUAACUAACUUUUUAUCAUCAGAACUUAUCUGUGAUUAGUUGAAUGCUACACCGUAAAGAUUGAAACAGUAAAGUACAUUCCUCUGUA